GUAGAUUCCCAGGCAAGCUCGAUGAUGUAGAGGUGCAGAUCUACUUCAUCACAGACGAGGCAAUAGCCAUGCGGUUUGGUCCAGGUGGUGUCAGCUUUGGCAGAUUGCCGCCAUCAUACAAGAUUGAGAAGAGCUUCGCGCGCACAGAGGAGGUCAACAAAAGGUUGCAACAAGUGAUAGGCGCAGAAGGCCACUCUUGGUUGCUUGCAAACUCUGAACAUUGG